CCAGACUGGUCACAUGACGACCGCCCGUGCCGUGUCCCACUUCCUUUUCCCUGCUGGAAAACGCAACAUCUGACCGGGAGGUAGAGACGCCAAACCGCCACGCGAGGAGAGUGAGACCGCCGACUUCAAGAUGUUUGCACUAAUCAACCGGCUUUUGGACUGGUUCAAGUCCCUCUUUUGGAAGGAGGAGAUGGAGCUGACGUUGGUCGGCCUGCAGUACUCUGGAAAAACAACAUUUGUUAAUGUGAUCGCUUCUGGCCACUUCAGCGAAGACAUGAUCCCUACGGUUGGGUUCAACAUGAGGAAGGUCACCAAAGGAAACGUCACCAUCAAGAUCUGGGACAUAGGAGGACAGCCGAGGUUCAGGAGCAUGUGGGAGCGAUACUGCCGGGGAGUUAACGCAAUUGUAUACAUGGUUGAUGCAGCGGAUCAAGAAAAGGUGGAGGCAUCUAGAAACGAACUUCAUAAUUUGUUAGACAAACCACAGCUGCAAGGAAUUCCUGUUUUGGUUCUCGGUAACAAAAGGGAUCUCCCCAGCGCUUUAGAUGAAAAGCAGCUCAUUGAGAAAAUGAAUCUAGCAGCAAUUCAAGACAGAGAGAUAUGCUGCUACUCCAUUUCCUGCAAAGAGAAAGACAACAUUGAUAUUACACUUCAGUGGCUCAUCCAGCACUCAAAAUCUCGCAGAAGCUGAGAAGAGUCGGCUGCCAGCUUUAUUUUCUACAUUAAUAAUAAUAUUAUCAUCAUAAUUAUUAUCAAGUCUUUAUCACUUGACAACAUUGUACAGAUGCACCCUCACUUCUUGUGCUAAACUGUUAUUCUUUUAUUCCACUUUUUUGGGGGGUAAAUCUCCCUUCUGCCCCCCCAAUCCCGAAAACACACUACUAAAGCUUUGGUACCAAAUAACGGCACAUUGGUUUGGGACAUUUUGUACAUUAAAAAAAGCAUUCUGGUAAAAGCUAAGUCGAGGCUAAAACGCCACUUGGAUUCAACGCUUUUCUACUGCAAGUCUUUCCUGCUGACCAGUCAGUGGGUUAUAGCAUUUAUAGCAUCAAGUCAUGUAAAGGUUCUUCAGAGUUUGACUUGUACAGUUUUGUUGGCCUCCAUACUGUGACUGGCUUUGAAGACUGUCACUUUUUGACUGAUUAAAACAGUCUUCUGUUUUAAUAAUAAUAAGAUAAUAAUAAGUCAGUUGACGCUGAUGUGUACAAAAAUCCAGCUACUAUGAUUUUUACCAAUAAGGAUGUGUGUAUGUGUGUGUGAGUAUAUUAUUCUAUUUAAAGUUUGAAUGUACUAAAAGUGAAGCUGUACAGGUUUGUGUGCUUUGUUGUUCUCUGUAAACUAGCCUUAGUGGUAUGAUGUCCCUUGUGUUGCCUCAAAGCUGGCAGAGUGGCAGAGUUUAAAGUGCCUUGUGCAGUGUCUCUGACCUCUGACCUCUGAAGCUAGGCAGCAUGCAAGGUUUGCUUCCCUAGGUAGGGAUCGAACCAACACACUUCAGUAUAAACUCUAAAUAAAAAGGCAUGCUUUUUAAUUUAGA